AUGAGUUCUGCAACGAUCCCAUACAUUGGAAGCCAAAUCAGCUUGAUUUCCAAGUCUGACAUUCGAUACGAAGGCACACUUCACUCAAUUGACCCAAACGAGCACACUGUUUCUUUAUCAAAUGUACGAUCUUUUGGCACUGAAGGCCGCCGAAUCGAUGGCAAGCAAAUCCCUCCUUCUGCUGAUCUUUAUGAAUUUAUCAUAUUCAGAGGCUCAGAUAUCAAAGAUCUUUCAGUGAUACAAGCGACUCCAAUUCUUAAUGACUCAGCUAUCAUAAAAGCAAAUAUCAAAGAAACUCAGCCAAAUCUUAAAGAUCCACAGCCUGCUGCUAGAGAGUUUGAGCCUCAUCAAAGAUAUGAAAAUAGGCCAGCUUCAAGACCUUACCAAAGCCGAACAGGCCGAGGCGAGCUUCAUGAAAAUAUCAAUGAAGACUUAAAGGAACAGCUAAAAGAAGACUUCGACUUUCAAGAAGAAGCCCCACUAGAAAAGCCUGCCAAACCUGAGUCAACAAAAGGCUAUGACAAGAAAAAGAGCUUUUUUGACAGCAUUUCUUGCAAAAGUUCAGAAAAUGAGAUUCCUUUUGAUAGACAAAAACAAAAAGAAAUGGACGCGGAGACUUUUGGAGAGGACUAUGUUACCAAUGGUGAAAGAGAAUUAAGAAGAGCUUCACAAAGGGGAAGAAGAAGAGGAAAUAGAGGGAUGAAUAGAGGCGGGAGAGGCGAAUACAGAGGCCAAGGUAGGUAUAACCAGAAUUAUGAUACUAAAUUCUAA